CUUCGUGCCACGUUAACGAUCUAUCUCCAGACGACGGAUCGCGUUGCGUAAUGCAAGAACGAUAAUAUCAUUCCUAGCAAGGGUCACGCGUUGAAUCUCGCGGAAUGUAACAUCAAAGUUCAUCCGAGGAUGCACGCAGGCCACGUGUUCGCUCGCGCUUAAUCCCUCGAGCAAUAAAGUGACGCGUGGACACAUCAAGAGCAUCGAAUCGAGCGAGCUGUCAGCUGUCAGUCGCGUCUUUCUGUCAUCGGUUCUACGAGCUCUCACGUUAAUUCUACGUCGAUUUACGUCGGAAGCAUGGAAGAUUCGUCGACGGCAACAUACUUGGGUCUAGACCUGAGCAGCCAGCAGCUGAAAGCGGUAGUAGUCGAUGAUAAUCUAGCCGUCCUUCACGAGACUAGUGUACAGUUUGAUAAUGAUCUACCGGAAUUUAGGACUUACGGAGGAGUUAUACAGAAGAAAGAGGAACCGCAUGUCGUGGUAGCGCCUUCUUUAAUGUGGGUUAAAGCCUUAGAUAUGAUACUUGACAAAUUACGUGUUUGCGGUGUCGAUUUUAGUAAAGUGGUAGCCAUCUCUGGAUGUGCGCAGCAACACGGCACGAUUUAUUGGGGCAAAGGUAGCCAAAGUCGAUUGCAGCGUUUAAAUCCCAUAAAAUUCUUAUACGAACAAUUUGCUACAUCCUUCUCCGUAACUCAUUCGCCUGUAUGGAUGGAUUCCAGUACGUCGAAAGAAUGUAGCGUUUUGGAGGAGAUCGUAGGUGGUCCUCACAAAUUAGCGGAAAUAACGGGUUCGCGAGCGUACGAGAGAUUCUCGGGACCGCAGAUAGCGAAAAUAGCACGCACGAAGCCGGAAGCCUACUGUAACACUGAGAGAAUCUCGUUGGUGAGCAGUUUUCUUGCCUCUUUGUUCCUGGGCGAUUACGCACCUAUCGAUUGGUCUGAUGGCUCGGGAAUGAAUCUGCUAAAUAUUCAUACGAAAGAUUGGGAUGAUCUAUUAUUGGAGACUUGCGCAUCGGGACUAAGAGGAAAAUUGGGUAAACCUGUUUCAUCAUGCAGUGAUAUCGGUCCUAUAUCGCCUUAUUUCGUGGAAAGAUUUGAUUUUAAAGAAAAAUGUAGAAUAAUUGCGUUUACCGGAGAUAAUCCGGGAUCCUUGGUAGGUAUGAGGUUAAAAGAGGGUGAUAUCGCUUGCAGUUUGGGUACGAGCGAUGUUUUAUUCUUGUGGCUAAACGAACCAAAGACUAUAAUGGAUGGACAUAUAUUGUGCAAUCCGAUAGAUAAUCAGGCUUAUAUGGGAAUGCUUGGUUUUAAGAACGCUUCUUUGACGCGCGAACGAAUACGAAACGAGGCUGCUCAAGAUAGCUGGCAAAUAUUUAAUGAAUUAUUAGAAAGCACGCCUCGAGGAAAUUUCGGCAACUUUGCAUUAUAUUUCGAUAAACAAGAGAUCCUGCCUUUUGUCAUCGGUGAUUAUAGAUAUAAUAAAGCCAAUGAUGAAAUCUCUCGAUAUAGUUCGAAAGAAGUAGAAGUGAGAGCAUUGAUUGAAGGUCAAUUUGUCGCAAAAAGAGCAUACGCUGAAGAUUUUGGACUUGUCAUCGGACCUAAUACACGAAUUAUCGCAACGGGAGGUGCAUCUGUGAAUAAAGCUAUAUUGCAAGUACUUUCCGAUGUGUUUAAUUCGCCAGUAUAUAUCUCGGUAAAUAUAGAAGCAGCUAAUUCGGCUAUGAUGGGUGCGGCGUAUCAAGCCAAGUAUGGUUUAUUUCACAAUAAUUGUAGUUUUGAUGAAAUUACACGUUGUUUGCCAGAACCGACACCUGUAUGUCAACCAUAUGAUGAUGCCGAAUCCAUUUAUAAACCUAUGACGAUACGUUAUCGUAAGAUUGUAGAUCAAAUAUUAAAGAAGAAAAACGAACAAAAAAGCAAAUGUAAAUAACAAAAUUGUAUAUACCAAAAUAUUUUCUAAAGAAAAAUAUAUCUUUUAUACCUUUAUAUCGCAAAGAGGUUGCAUUGGGUUUUCUACAUAUUAUUUUUA